AUGCCCAUGGCGUCCCCCCAAACCCUGCUCCUCUGCCUGCUGCUCCUGGCGGUCACUGAAGGCCAGAGUCGACAGGCCGCCAUCCCAGGCUGCUACUUGCACCCCUUCAACGUGACGGUGCGAAGUGACCGCCAAGGCACCUGCCAGGGCUCCCAUGUGGCACAGGCCUGUGUGGGCCACUGCGAGUCCAGCGCCUUCCCUUCCCGGUACUCCGUGCUGGUGGCCAGUGGUUAUCGACAUAACAUCACCUCCAUGUCUCAGUGCUGUACCAUCAGCAGCCUGAGGAAGGUGAAGGUGCAGCUGCGCUGUGGGGGGAGCCGGAAGGAGGAGCUGGAGGUCUUCACGGCCAGGGCCUGCCAGUGUGACAUGUGCCGCCUCUCGCGCUACUAG